GUGGACGCGCUUAACCCCUUCCCCGCCGCCCCGGGGUCCCUCUGCGGGGACCCCGCGCCAGGGAGGGGCGAGGCGGGGGGAGCCGGGCCGAGGGAGGCCGCCGCGAGCCGGAGGGGGCCGGGAAGGGGCGAGGGAGGCAGGCCGGAGGAACAAAGGAAAGCGGGCUGCGGGGGGGGGGGGGGGACGCGCCCCCAGCCCGUCCGUACAGCGCUGCUGGAGGACCGGGCCGGCUCCCGCGUGGGGGGGAGUGGGGCGCAGGCCGAGGGAGGGGGGGGGAGGGAGACAGAGACAGACAGAUACGGAGAGAGGGAGGAGGAGCAGCCCAGCCCAGCCCAGGCCCCCUCGGGCGGCUCUGAUUCAUCCCUACACCCCGCUGCCUCCUGUGCCCUUGGGCGCUGCCCCCUGGGUAUGACGGGUCCAGGGGCGCUUCGGUGCUGCCUGCCUGCCUGGCUGCUGUCCCAGCCCUCAGGGACCCAGGGGAGACCUUGGGGCCAGGUGCGCCCCAAAGCUGGGGAGGGGAGUCUGCCGUUUAGCCCCCACCCCCUUACUGCGGGACUAAAGACACUGGUUCCUGCUCUGCCUGUCUGGGCGGGCGGCGACCCCGGGACCCCCUCUCCCCCGGCCACGGGGACAGGAACCCACACUAGGAUAGAAAGAAGCAAAACUCAAAGCAGAAGUAGGUCACCAGCAGGUGACCUUGGGGGACUUGGUUUGUCUGAGGGGGGUCUCUGUCUGAAAUCCAGGGGUCCAGAGGGAGACAGCCAUGGGCGCGCAGGGACAUGGGGACACAAAGGCAGAGACUGGGACACAAGGACACAGGGACAUGGGGACACAGGGACACGGGCACACAAAGGCAGAUACUGGGACACGGGGACAUAGGGACACGGGGACACAGGGACACGGGCACACAAAGGCAGAGACUGGGACAUGGGGACAUAGGGACACGGGGACACAGGGACAUAGGUGCAUAGGGACCUGGGGACCCAGGGGCACAGAGAUGCAGGGCCGUGGGCCAUGGGGACACAGGGAUACGGGGGCCCGGGGACAUGGCCGCUGAGGGAGGGGUGGCCGAGGUCCCUCUCACCCCGGGGCCGCCUGGACAGAGUCCCGGGGUGUGGGGGCUGCUCAGGGCCUGGAGGCUCCCGCACCCCCUCGCUGCUGGCUGGAGCUGAGUGCGGGCCGGGGGAUGGGCGGCCAAGGGCGCGGGGCGGCCCGGCCCGGGGCAGGCACGGCGCCAAGGGUCCCGGGCACAGUCUGGCACCGCCAGAACGUCAAGUUAGCCUGGAGGCCAGCGACAGUCCAGCGGGCAGGCGCUUGCCUUGAAUGCAGCCGACCCCAGCUUGAUUCCCCGCACCACAGAGAGGCCCCGAGUCCACCAGGAGUGAUCCCUGAGCACCACCGGUGUCUCUCUACAGAGACCCAGCCCGAGCCCCCACACUGGUGGGCUGCACAGCACCUGCCUUUCUGGGGGUCACACCUGCUGCGGAGUGCGGGUGUCACGUCCCGUGGUGCCAGCAGCGCUCGAGGGACCGAACCUGCCGUCCAAGCCCCGUGCUCCAGCCGCUCUCGCCACCCCCCUGGUUCCCAAAUGCCGCCUUUUAAAGAAGGAAGCCAGUGGGGCACAGCAGGGAGGGCGCUUGCCUGGCACGAGGCUGAUCGGGUUCAACGCCGGCAUCCCAUGAGCACCACCAGGAGUGGUUCCUGAACUCAGAGCCAGGAGUAACCCCCGAGCAUCAGUCACCAGGUGUGCCCCCCGACAAAUAAAUAAUAAACUGAGUCACAACAUAGAGAAAAUCAAGACUGCAGACAUCUGCGCAUUCAAGGUGAAUUCCGCUCGGUUGUCAAACUCACAGAGGAGGGUGAAGGCCCAGCCUUGCCUGCUGCGUCCCAGACGGCCCCUGGGAACACAGGCCCCUGGAGUGAUCCCUGAGCACUGCCGGGUGAGGCCGUCCAGGAGGAAGUAAAAUACACCUCAAGGUAAGGCGCCUGCCUCGAUGGCUCGGUGGUGGCCAAUCCUGUCCGUCCCUGGCACUGCACGUGGAGCCCUGCCAGUCCCGAGCACAGAGCCUGAGCACCUGUGGGUGUGGCCCUGUCUCCCCCCCAGAAAAAUGAAGCACACCCCCAAGCCCAGGGAACACAGGUUCUAGGAAACACCAGGGAAGACCCCCGAGACUCCUGCUCCUCGUGCCGGCCCCCCCGGCAUGUGUCUCUAGGAACUGGCUGGUCGCUGGCUGCGGGCAGUGGGUGCUCAGGGCCUCUGGGCGGCAGCCAGGGGUCUGGAGAACCCGAGGGUCUAAGCUGGCAUCAGAGGGAGGAGCCAGGAUCUGAGCAACACGCAGGGCGCUGGCUCGGGCCAGCAGAGCCGUGGGUGGGGCGGGGGCGGGGGGCAGCAGCUCAGCCCAGGGUUUCCCGCCUGCGGGGGCCGUGCCCUCGGGGCCUGGGUCUGCUUGGCCGACCACUGCUGGGUCCCCCACCCCUAGUGAAGGGGGCUACCGCCCAGCUUUAUCAAGCAGCCCUCUGCAGCCCCUCAGCCUGCGCCCACCUGUGUCCCGGCUUCCAGACCAGAGAGGGGGACCCAGGCUGUGCAUCUCACACCCCCUCCGGCCCACUGGCCCCGCUGCUGGGUGACGGACACGAGCUUGGUCAGCUUCUGGACACGUUGCCUCAGGGCCCUGCUGCCCCUUAGGGUCCGGGCGUGCCUGGUGCCAUGCCUGGCUUAGGAGGGAACUUUUAUUCCCUUGUGUGUGUGUGUUUGUGUGUGCAUGUGUGUCUGUGUGCGCGCGCGCAUGCACACCCGCUUUGGGGCCACACCUGGUGGUGCUCAGGGCUUAUUCCGGGCUCUGUGCUUAGGGAUUGUGCCUGAUGGUGUUUGGGAGUAUAGAGGGUGCUGGGAAUCGAACCUGGUCAGCUGUGUGCAAGGCAAGUGUCUCCGCCAGCCCAGGUCUCUGGUCCCCCCACAUCCAUCCUCCCAGCCCCCACCCACUCCAGCGUCACAGACGACCACAGCUGCAGACACUGGGAAGGUGUCCAGGCCUGAGUCCAGCAGCCCGGGGGUCCAUCAGCUUGGCCACCAGUGGCCACUACCUUGGUUUUUUUUUUUUUUUGCUUUUUGGGUCACACCCGGCGAUGCUCAGGGGUUACUCCUGGCUUUGCACUCAGGAAUUACUCCUGGCGGUGCUUGGGGGACCAUAUGGGAUGCCGGGGAUCGAACCCGGGUCGGCCGCAUGCAAGGCAAAUGCCCUACCCACUGUGCUAUCGCUCCUGGCCACGACCUUGGACCUGUUCCUUGCCCUGCCCGAGCCCUGUGGCGGAGUCCCGGAGCCCUGCGGCCCUCGGGCGGAGGAGGUGGGUGGCAGCAGGGUCACGUGUGUGCAGGUGCAGUUACCUGUGAUGCUGUGGGCCCGAGGGGCGUCUGGGUUCAGCCCAACCCAGUGCUCCCCAGGGCCAGGAGCCUACGGUGGGAAGGGGGCGGGGUGCAGGUAGGGAAGUCCUGAGCUGGCGGGGAGCCCAUGCUCGCACCCGGGGCACCCCCUCGCGUCUCAGCCAGGCCCCGGGAGGGGGGGCGGGGACCCCGGACAGGGCUGCGGAGCCUGGUGGCUCCCCGGGACGGAGCCGCUAAGGGAAUGGCCGGGUUCCGGGGACAAUUCGCCCCCGAGCCGGGCUCAGCUGCCCUCCCUGGCGUGGCUCUGCUCCCCCCACCCAGCUGCCCACCCUGCUCCGUCCUCACGGGCCCCCACAGGGGUCCUGGCUGCUGCCACCCUCACACGAGGCUUGGGCUCGACUCGGCCGACAGCGUCCCCAGGAGAAAGGCGGCUUGGGAGGAGGCAGCUCUCCGGCUUGUGGUUUGGCGUCUGGGCCGCACUCGGCAGUUGCUCAGGGCGGCUCCUGGCGGGAUCCGGGGACCCGGCGGGCCGGCCUCGUGCAGACAGCACCUGCUGUCCGGUCCUUCCUGCUCUGACUGUUUUCUUUUUCUUUGGCCACACCCAGCAGUGCUCAGGAGCCCACAUCAGGCAGUGCUCAGGAGCCCACAGCAGGCAGUGCUCAGGAGCCCACGGCAGGCAGUGCUCAGGAGCCCACAGCAGGCAGUGCUCAGGAGCCCACGGCAGGCAGUGCUCACUCUCGACUGUUCAAGGGACCACCGCAGGGCUGGGACUCGAACCAGGACUGGCAGUGUGCAAGGCGCGGAAGGCCCCGUGCCGAGCCUCGGCGCUACCUCUGGCCCAGGAAAGAAAAAGGGAGCCCUGGGCCCUUGGCCGGGCUGGUGCCGAGGGUGGCGACACGGGCAGGCCGAGAGACACAGCAGCUCCGGAGCCUCCCGCCCCCACCCGGCGGGGCCCGUUCCCGGGCGGCCUGUCCUCUUGCCGCCCGCCUUGGAGGGGGCCGGGUGCGGGCCCGCCUGCCUGCCAGCCGCAGUCUCCUCUGCAGAGUGGGUCCACGGCCCUCAGUGCUCCCACGCCCCGAGCGGGAAGGACAGGCCGGGGUGGCCGUUCUCUGCGCCUCCGGGGACCCCACUGGUCUCCUCAGCCCAGACGUGGGGGGGCGCUGCCACCUGGACUCGAGAACAGACCCCUGUGCGGAGUCCUGCUCCGGGGCUUGGGUUCGAGCCAGAGAGCGUUCCUGCACUCGCAGCCUCCGUCUGUUGCAGCUGUGUGUGGUUCCUGGACCCAGGAAGCGUGGCCCCGGCUCCCCACCCAGCCGGCAGUGAAUGUUCUGGAAAGGCGAGGCCCGGGGCUCAGCCUCUGACGGACCGGCCUCGAGGAGCGGGGCCUGAACCCGCCGAUUCAGGCCGGGAACUGAGGCUCAGGCCGCUCCUCCCCCGCAGAAUAGCCAGCAUUUGGGGCGGGGCCACCUGAGGGUUCGGAUGGGCCUCCAAACUCACACCUGCCUCUUCCAGGCCUGUUUGGGGCCGCACCCAGCAGAGCUCAGGGCUGACUCCUGGCUCUGUGCUCAGGGAUCACUGGAGCUCUUCUCCGAAGCGCCGCAGCCUAUAGGACAAUUCCGCGAGCCUGGUUUGAUCUGGAUCUUCAGCACCGUGGGAAGGGCAGGGCCGGUUACUCCGAC